AUGAAUCUUUUUUUUUUUGUUUUUGCUGCAUGUCAGCUAACUUUUCAUAUCUAUGCAUAUCCUAAUGGUGCACCAAAAAAAGUAUGCACCGGUUCGAUGGUGCCUCAUCAUCAUCAUAUUGAACCACAACCACCAACAACAAGUCCAAUAACAAAAUUUUAUACAGCAUGGAAUCCAGAUAAUGAAACAAUAUCAAUUCAAAUCGAAUCAAAUCAACCAAUCAAAGGCAUAUUUGUACAAGGUCGAAAAAUCGAUGGUGACGAACCACUAGGUACAUUCAUUGAUAUACCAUCAGUAACACAUCUUGUACAAUGUCCAACUGGCGAUGGCAUAACACAUAGUUCCCCUCAAAAAUGGAAGCAGCUGGAACUCACAUGGAAGAAACCAAAAUCCAUGAAUAGUCAAGAUCAAGUUCAAUUUUGGGCAACAAUCGUCGUUGAUUUUCAAACUUUUUGGGUUGUGAAAAGUGCCUCGACAGAAUUAAAUAAUCAAAAGUUUGUCGUGACUUUCAUGAAUUUGAUCAAAAAGGUUAAAAAGAAUGCAUUUGGAAUGAUAAAAUGGACAAAAACUAAUAUAUUGAAAUAUAUAUAA